AUGGCAAAUGCCAUCGAGAAGGUUUUUCCUGAGACACGUCAUCGAUUAUGUUUGUGGCAUAUUUCAAAGAAUGCGGGAGACAACUUGAAGUCGCAUUAUAGAAAUCCUGAAUUUAGUGAGCUUUUCAGGAAGUGGCUUUUCGGACAUGUGACAAAAUAUGAAUUCGAGUCUACAUGGAAAGAAAUUAUAGAGAAGUUUGACUUUACAGAGAAAGAGAAGACAUGGCUCAAGACACUUUAUGAUCUUCGUGAAAAAUGGUGUGCACUAUUCAGCAAAGAUACAUUCUCUGCCGGUAUAUUAUCUACUCAAAGAAGUGAGAGCACAAACAAUGUAUUCACCCUCAUGUCUACUAAAACAUUGAGUCUUACUGAAUUUGUGGAUCAUUAUGAUAAACAGGCAGAAAAGAUGCGCUCAAGUGAAUUGGAAGAGACUUUUCGAUGCAAUAACGGGAUACCUUCUAGAGCUGCAAAAAGUAGUGGAAUUAAGAAGCAAGCUGGUAUGGUCUACACCCGAAAGAUUUAUAAUUUAUUUGAGUUCGAGUUUAUUGCUAGCUUGGCAGUGAAGAUGGAGGAAGCUAGAAGUGAUGGAACACUACAGAAAUUUGAACUUAAUGAAGAGGGUCAUAAAAGAGUGUACACUGUCGAGUUCAAUUCUUCAAAUAAGUCUAUUUCUUGUAGUUGUCAGAUGUAUGAAUCUAUGGGUUGGUUGUGCCGUCAUGCUUUGAGGGUGUCAAAUGUAAAAAAUAUUACUCAAAUUCCAGCAGAGUAUAUACUAAAGAGGUGGACAAAAGAUGCAAAGAAAGGAGUAAAGGAAGAUAGUGCAUCAUUACAGGUCAAGCAGAAAUCAACGGUGACAUUGCGUAGGAAUACUUUGAUGCGAAAGGCUUGA